UCCCGCUCUUCGACCUGCGGUGGCCAUCCACGAGUUUCACUUUGAGAAGGGCCUCGGCCAGGUCUACCGGAGCCCUCCACUGGACUUGGACGGAUUCUCCCAGGAAUCGCUUCGGUACGACGUGGAGCGACCAAGGGAAAUUCCUUUGGCUGUCCGCCUCUUUGCGGACAUGGAGGCGGAAUCGUCCUCAACGACUGGCGAGGGCGGUGAGGAGGAGGUUCUGGAGGACCGCAGCAUUCACUACACCUACGUUUCGCUGCAGAAGGUUGGUGGUCUAUCUGGAGAGUCGCCCUGCGCCGGAGACGAAGGCCUCGAGGGAGUUGACCGUUGUCCUUGGUCCGCGCAUGUGGUCAGUCAGAAGCUGGAGCACUACGGCCAGUGCUUCAUCCUUCACGAGGUGUUCGGCGCAGGGCCGACAGAUAGGGUUGGCGAUGCUUCCUCAAAACGUCCGAGUUUGGCAGAUCAAGAUGUCGAGGGAAACACCGAUUGCGUCAUCUGCCUCAGUGAACCGCGCGACACAGCUGUACUACCUUGCCGCCACAU